AUGGCGUGCUGCAAGUGCGGCGGCGGGCUGACGUCUGCGACGCCUUUCAGGUACUACACUGAGCCGCUCCUCUCGGGCUCAGGCACUGUGAAGGGCUAUCCCCUGCCGCGCGCGGGAUCGAGCUACUCAGUCGACGACAAAUGCCAACUUCUGAAGUACAACCUCACCAUCGACGGCCUCACCGGCGCCCUUAAGUUGGUCGAUGGAUGCCGAACAGUCGGGUGCGGGCACGCUCUCCAGCAGAACUUUGCCGUAAAGUGCACCAUCACCGCCCACGAGGGCGAAUUCAACGCCUCUGCCACGUUGUCGGUCACAGGCUCUCUGUUGGCUUACAAGAGCUCCGUGCUGGUGGUGCCGCCCAUGGGUCGAGACUUUGCAGCGCAGAACUCGACAAGGCUUUCCUCGCCCCGGGUGCAGUGCGUCCCAGAUACCUUGGGGAAAGUCCUGGACAUCGCCGAGAGCUUCGAGCUGCGAGUCAAGGCCGGCGCGUCCCAGGCGCUGCAGGGCGCCGGCGUCACGGCGCUGACGCUGCCGGGCCUCCCUGCCGCCCCCGGUGGCCUUUGCAAGGCACGUCCAGGUUUGCUUGGGGAGCCUCUUGAAAGAGGCUCCUGGAUUCGUUUAGAGCAGAGCUGCCUUGAGAAGCUGGAAUUCCCAGCUCUGUGUCGCAACAGGUCUCCGGGGAGCACCAACAUGAGGCGGUGA